AUGCCGCGCUCAGACUCUUCUACCUGUUUUUCGGCCUUCCACUCUGGGUCGGGCACCGUGAAGGCUCCAAGGAGAGAACGACCUCCGCAGCUGGCGUGCGACAGAUGCAGGGGCCAAAAGCUGCGGUGCAUUCGAACACCCAACCCCAACGCUUCUUGUGAGAGGUGUCAGAAAGCCGGAGCAACAUGCAUCAUCGAUUCCUCGGUCCGCAUGGGAAGACCUAGGCGAACAUACAAGGAGCGACGAGAGAGCCCAGGCAGCUCGUACAAUCCACUCAGCCAUCCACCAACCUUGCCCACAUCCGCUCAGACGGGCUCUGGGCGCGGCUUCAGCCCGAGCACCGACACUUGGUCGGCGCGUGACCUCGACGACACUGUCGAUACGACGCUAGGCGGCGUGCAGUACCUGGAGCCUUUUGACUUUGCUCUCCAGGAUGCCACGCUACAGGGUGACACGCUGGAUAUACCACCAGCAGAUCACUAUCUCAAUCCAACGCUGGAUCCGUCCUUGGACCAAUCCAUGCCGGAUGUCACUGGCCCGGGUGCGGCGAGAGACACCGCAUCCGCCCCCGCUUACAGCCGCUUCCCGGCGAUGCGACACGAAUCCACUCGUGAGCUGUCCAACCUGAACGUGGAGCUCUACCGACAGCUGAGCGUCGUGGGGCCCAUGGCAAGCAAGUAUAGCACCAUCCACCCGAGCCUGAUCCCACCACCGGAUGGCAACCACACCCUCUCCGACGCUGUCGUCUUCAUGAUGAACAGCCUGCAGACCUACCACCGACUCCUUGUCGAGAUCCUCGGCCUAACGGACCCGCCUCCGCACGACGCCAUGUGCCCCCACGAUCUCCAUAAAUCUCGCACCAGCAUCGGCCUUCUGAGCCCGGCCGACGCUCGAGACGGCGACGAUCCCGUGGCCGAGGCGGUGGGUAGCCAACAACAACAGAAGCAGCAGCAGGAGCGAAAAACAAACCCAAGCCUGUCCGGUGACGGCGAACUCAACACGCAGCAGCAACAACACGACCCGUCGUCGUCUCGCAAUGCUACCGCGGCCGCAGGUGCCGCCGCUCCAGCCGCAGCAGCAGCAGCAGCAGGAGGGCAUCUCGACAUGCCCACCAGCCUCCUCCUCCUCUCCUGCCACACCAACCUCGUCUACCUCUGCCGCGACGUCUUCGCCGCCAUCCGCGCGGCGCUGCUGGCGCCCGCCCCCCAUCGCCAGCUCAACUUGUUCACCUUUUCCUUCCUGCACGUCGACGAGGUGUCGAUCCCGCACGACCCGGACCUGCAGAUCAUCGUUCUGACCCAGGCUGUGAUACGGCUUAUCGACAGGAUCGAGCGGUCGCUCGGGUCGCCGGCGGACGAUGAUUGCGAGCUUGAUUCUGGUUCUGGCGAGGCAAGACGCAAGGCGGCAAUGCCAUACCUCCCCGACUUCUUGAUGUGGUGCUACGGCGGGAGUCGAGCACGGGAGGACGAGGAGGAGGAGGAGGAGGAGGAGGCCCGGCUGAUGGACUGGGAACUGAAGCGCUGA